UCUGCCUCUUCACUCUGCCGUUACUAGCCAUGGGCCAGCUUCUUGCUUUGUGUUUUGUUUUGUAAAAUCUUUUCAAAAGAAAACUAUUCAGUGCUCUAUUUGUGACAUGGCCAGAAGUCAUCCAAGCGCAACCACCAUGACUAAGCUAAUUCUAUUUGCAGGUCUCUAUCUUUCCUUUGGCAGUUUGGUCUCCUCUUCCAGACUGGUGUGUUAUUUCACUAACUGGUCCCAAUACCGGCCUGGCAAUGGGAAGUUUAUGCCACUAAAUAUUGAUCCAAACCUGUGUACCCACCUGAUCUAUGCCUUUUCUGGUAUUAAUGAGGCAAAUGAGUUGGUCACCAUAGAAUGGAACGAUGAUGAACUCUACAAAUCCUUUAAUGGACUCAAACAGAGGAAUCCAAAUUUAAAAACCCUGCUAGCAGUCGGUGGCUGGAACUUUGGAACACAAAAAUUCACCACAAUGGUGUCAACUCAAGCCAAAAGAAAUACAUUUAUCCAAUCUUCUAUCAAACUACUGAGAAAAUACAGUUUUGAUGGACUAGACCUAGAUUGGGAAUACCCCGCUGCUAGAGGAAGUCCUCUGGAGGACAAGCAGAGAUUCACAGCGUUAUGCAAGGAACUCCUAGAGGCCUAUGAGGCUGAAGGAACUGCAACCGGUCAGUCCAGACUAAUGAUCUCUGCUGCUGUGGCUGCUGGGAAAGGAACCAUUGAUGCUGGUUUUGAAAUUGCAGAGAUGGCAAAGUAUCUGGACUUUAUCAAUGUGAUGACUUAUGACUUUCAUGGCACCUGGGAGAGUGUGACAGGACAUCACAGCCCCUUAUACAAGGGAUCGCAGGACACCGGGGACCAUGUUUACUUAAAUACUGACUUUGCCAUGAGGUAUUGGCGGGACAAGGGAACACCUGUAGAAAAGCUAAAUAUGGGCUUUGCUACAUACGGGAGAACAUUUCAUCUAUCUACUCCAUCCAGUGAGGUUGGCGCACCAGCCGGUGGUGGUGGUGCUGCUGGUGGUUUUACAAGGGAGGUUGGCUUCUGGUCAUAUUAUGAGAUUUGCACUUUUCUUCAAGGGGCCAGUGUCCACUUGAUUGAUGAACAGAAAGUUCCAUAUGCCAUCAAACAAAAUGAGUGGGUUGGAUAUGACAACAAAGAAAGUUUUGAGACUAAGGUCCGUUAUCUAAAAGACAACAGAUUUGGAGGAGCUUUUGUCUGGGCUCUGGAUCUGGAUGACUUUAAGGGACAGUUCUGUGGACAGGGAAACUACCCCCUCAUCAGGUAUCUCUCCUCUCUUUUAGCUUCGGAUCUUCCUCCCCUUCCCACUACAGAAACGAUUCCAAAUCCAGUGACCCUGUCUACGAACAAAGAUCCAACUCCUACCACACCUAGUUUCAGACCUACAAUCCAUACUUCAUCCAAAAGCCCAGACAACUUCUGUGCAACAAAAACUGGCGGGGUUUAUGCCAACCCCGACGACCCAGGUUCCUUUUACAAUUGUGCCAAUGGCAUUACCUGGAUCCAAAACUGCUCUGCUAACUUGGUCUUUCGAGAGAGCUGCAAAUGCUGUGACUGGCCCUAAAAGCUUUCACAUUUUUACAUUCCAUGAGUUCCUGUAUCUCUAGUUAUGAAUACAGCACAAGUUAUUGUCAUAAUUUCA